AUGUUCCACAGCGGUGGCCCAUGGAUGGAGCUGGGCCGCGACGGCGUCCCUCGGCAUGUCCCUGUAGGGCUUCUGCCGAAAUUCCGGUCUCGCAGCAUUGCUAGGGGCAAAGGCCCUCCAAAUUCGGGUCGGAGCGUAGCGCUAGCGGAGAUCUUGCUAGCAUAUCCUCUUCCCAGCUCCAACUGGUGUCAUUUUUGGGAGUCAUACGAUAGCGAGGCGCCCGCGGCGGCGGAUACUCCGGCGGCGGAGGCGCCGAAGAAGCGCAGCCGGUGGGGCGCCAAGCCCGCCGAGGCGACGGACCCGAUUCAGCUGGCGGUGCAGCUCGGGCUUCCGCUCGCGACGCUGCAGCACAUGUCGAGCGAGCAGCAGGCGAGCCUUCCAAAGCUCAAGGAGAAGGUUGACCAGAUCGACCUGCUGCUGCGGCUCCCCGACUGCGGCGUGAGCGACAUCCCGCCAGGCGGACGGUCGCCGUCGCCCGAGCCCAUCUUUGACCGGUCGGGAGCGCAGGUCAACUCGCGCGAGGCGCGGAGGCGGCAGCAGCUGAUCAACGAGCGCGCCGAGCUGCUCGAGUCGCUCAAGCCAAAGGUGCCGCAGCGGUGCUGGCGGAAGCUGAUCGUGCCGGAGCGCGAGUCUGGGUGCAAGAUCGUGAUCCGCGGGAAGGGGGCCAUCAAGGAGGGGUGCGGCAGGCACGACGGCAAGCCGAUCGGCCCCGAGGACGACGAGCCAAUGCACGUGCUCAUCGAAGGGCCGGACGAGGAGACUGUCGAGCGGGGGCAGGCGCUCGUCGAGAUCGUGCUCAACCCGUACUCGGAGGACGCGGUUGCGCAAAAGGAGAAGCAGAUGCGCGAACUCGCAAUCAUCAACGGCGCGCGCGAGGCGGCAGCGCGCCGCCACCACGCCCCUCCCGACCCGCCCCCCCCUCCCCUCGAGCUAGGCACCCUCAAGGAGGAGGACGCCGCUCUGGCGGGCCGAACGGCGGCGGCGGCAUGGACGCCGAGAUACCCUCCCCACAUGCCUCCGCCCCACCACCCCGGCAUGGCUGGCCAGCCGCCCGGCUACCCGCACCACCCUGGCGCGGGCGGGCCGCCGAUGGGCGCGCCUCCGAUGGGCGGCGCGCGCGACAGCAAGGCGGAGGCCGCGCCACCGCCUGCGGAACCGCCUCACGCCUCUCGCGUCACGAGAGCACCCGCACGCGGCGCGGCCCUACUGACGUUGCGCGUACUUUCGGAUCUUGUAAGGACGAUCAGGGACACAGGGGAACGGGAGCGGGGAGCGCAUCGCGACACGGAGGGGGGCUGGGCAGGGCGCGGCCUAGUGUGCCAGCGAGGCAAAAUCGGUUUCUUCAUUCUCAUGAAGGUCGGGCUAGCGAGCUCGGCUGCACCUCUCGUCGCCGCGGCGCUACUCGCGUGCAGCGGUCCGCAGCAGGCACUUGUGGGCAACGCCGCCGUUGUCCCAUCGGGCCUGCCCUUCCAGACGCUGGCUCGCGCUCAGCCCCAAGCCGCGCCGGCGCCAGAGGAGCUGAGCCAGAAGGUUCUCGACUAUCAGCAGGCUUUUCCAGCCAAGGCGGGUGACCCCGUCGUCUUGGUCACGGGCGAAGAGAAGGGAAACAAGGCGCUGUUGAUCGAAACCGAGGGCAAGUAUGGGAUCAUCAAGCUGACAGACUCGGGUUCGAUCAAGGCAGUCGAGUACAGCGCGCUGGUCAAGGGCAUCGCCAGCAAGUAG